CAGAAGGCGCUAGCAGCGUUAGCUCCAGGAUUCAUCCUGAAUAUCUGGUUAAAUGUUUUUGCUGAAACUCUCAUUAAUCUGAAUGGAUGAAACCAGAUAUUGUUGUGACGUCAUUUGGAGGAUCAGCUCAGACUGUCGGAUAUCAGCUGGAAAACCCAAAUGAUUUCGGAACCUCGCGGUACGUUCACUGCGCGGUUCUGAAUGAACUGGGUCAGGGAACUAGUUGAUACCGCGGAGGAAGGAGACAUGUGUGUGAUUUGGUUUUUUGGGGGUUUAUUUUGGGCUGCAGCAUCAGAAGAUUUUGUGUUUGUGACUUUUGACCCUCCGGGUUUCAUGACGUCACUGGUGGCUGAAUGACGUGGAAACAUGGAGGACAGACACAGAUUCGUGUUUUUGACAACUUUAGUUCAGGUCUUGCGCAGCAUCAUGUCUGUUACGACUUCAGAUGUUCUGAUGGAUGAUCAAAGACGGAUAAAAGAGGAGCAGGGGGAACCAGAACCGCAGCCAAUCAAAGCAGAACAAAUUCAACUCUUUCAGGAUGAAGAGCAGCUUUUAGUGAAACAGGAGAGCAGCGUCUCCACGGCGACUGCUGCUGAUGAGGAUCCAGAACUGGAGCAGAGGACGGAGACGAAGCAGGAACCAGAACCUGUAGAGAUUAAAAAGGAACCAGAAGAACCAGAACCUGUGAGGAUGAAAGAGGAAGAGGAGGAUCAUCUGACAGUGAAGCAGGAGCCUGAAAUUGUGAUGGUUUCUCCAAACAUUGAGCAAACAGACAGGAACCAGCUCCUCUCUGGAAUCCAGGCUGAAGAUCAGAACCAAGGAAGCGACCAGAACGACUCAGGAUCCAGUAGAGAUAAAGAUCUGCAGCCAGAGCAGAAACCUCACCGCUCCAGAAAUCAGAUGGACAAUGCAGAACGAGAAAGACAAACGUCCUAUUUGCCCCUGUGCAGUGUGUGUGGAAAACAUUUCACUAAGCCUUACUACUUGACUGCUCACCUUAGAACUCACACUGGGGAGAAACCAAAUCCUUGUAACACGUGUGAUAAAUCUUUUAGCACAAGAAGUAAUUUAAUACGUCACCUCAGAACACACACUGGUGAAAAACCUUUUCCAUGUGACAUGUGUGACAGAUCUUUUAGCACGAGAAGUAUUUUAACUUGUCACCAAAGAACUCACACAGAUGAAAGACCAUUUCAUUGUGAGUUGUGUGAUAAACUUUUCAGACGUAACAGUCAUUUAGCUGAUCACCUUAAAACUCACACAGGUGAGAAGCCACAUCCCUGCAAACUGUGCGGCAAAUCGUUCAUACAGAAAGUUAAUUUGGCUGAUCACCUGAGAACUCACAGAGCCGAGAAACUGUUCAGCUGUGAAUGUUGUCAUAAACGUUUUGUACAGCAUCGUGCUCUGGUCUGCCAUAUGAGAAUUCAUACAGGUGACAAACCGUAUUCUUGUGAACUAUGUGACAAAUCUUUCAGAUUGAGAAAAAGUCUAGUUUGUCACCUUAAAACUCACACAGGUGAGACUGGCAGAAAAUUAUAGCUGCUGCUAACAGUUGAAAUGUUUCCCAGCUCCAGCAGAACCAGUAGGUCCAGAAAGCAUCAUAUCUCCCAUUAGUCUGCUUGCUAGUGAAGGAAUUGGCUGUGAUGUAAUAAUGUGAGGAAUUGUGAACAAAUGGUGGAGGCAAACUGAAGAGAACUCAGAACUAGUACUAAUAAACUGCUGACUGCAGUUAAUAAAUGUACAAAAACUAAUCAGGAUGAAUGUAUUUCUACAAUCAGAUCAAUGUUUACUCUGAUGUCUAUUUGAUCUUUGAUUCUUAUCUGCAGUAAUAGCUGGUCCCAAAGCCUUAAAAGUCCUGGUGUAACUAGUUAUUCCUCUUCUUUCCUAACUUUUCACCAAACCAGGAAAGAAGAGCUCAUCAACCCAGUUCUAAAAUCCCUGUAACCCAAAAAAACAGACUUUAACAUGUUGGUUUAUAAAUCACACGGUGGCUUCGCACCAAAAUCCAUAAAUCACCUGUCGUCAUAUCAACCACUCAGGUUUCGGUUCAAGUUCCCAGAACCAAACAAAAUUAACAAACUGACAGAAAACUGUAAAACUGAGUUCAUUUAAAUCAAAUCUAAAAGUUUACAUUUGCCUUUGAUUUAUAACUGGAACAUAAGUAGAUUUUAUUUCAGUAUUUAACACGACAUGUUUGAUCAUUUGGAUAUUUGUUGCGUGUUUGUCGUGAACUCGUAAUAGCUGAACCGCUGUGCCAUGUUUGCUGUUUAAGUUUCCCAGGAGCUCGGCUCAGUGGGUCUGUGUGAAAACAAACAUCUGAAAACCAUUUCAACAGAUGUUAACAAUCUGCAGAAAUAAUCUGGGCAUGAAAACUUCUGUCUCCCCAAAGCCUCUGCUGUGAAUCCCCCAGUUUCAAUGUACUAAUAUUUUCUGUUAGGCUGUACUGACCCUUGCAAAGCAUAACUUAAUAAAUAAGAGCACAUCGUUUUAGAAAACCUUUUAACGGUUGAAUUAACCCCAAAGUAAGUGUGUGUGUGUGUGUGUGUGUGUGUGUGUGUGUGUGUGUGUGUGUGUGUGUGUGUGUGUGUGUGUGUGUGUGUGUGUGUGUGUGUGUGUCUCCUGUCUGUCUCUGUGUUUCCCUGCAUCAGUGACCUGUCCAGGUGACCCCGCCUCUCGCCCAGGCAGCAGCUCCUCCAAUAGGGAGAAGGUGUAAGAAAAUGGAUGGAUUUUAAUUGUUUAUGUGUAUUUCAGCUGUAGCUGAUUCUAUUGCCCUUAGGUGCCUUGUUUGGAUAUUAAAUAAAGUUGCUGAAUUUAA